UAUGACAUAAAGACAAUGUUAUUAAGAUUAUUUAGAUCAUCGACAUCAUCAACAUUCCUUAAUAAUCAAUAUCAAUAUAAUCAACUAAACAAUAAGAUUAGACAAAUGACAUCAUUCAGAGAGGUUGUAAACGUGUUGAAUGAGAUAACACCAUUGGAGUUGGCAGGCAGUUGGGAUAAUGUUGGUGUACUGAUUGAACCUAGCACUGCUAGUACAUUGACGGUCAACUCAAUCUUCUUGACCAAUGAUCUUACAGAGAAUGUGUUGGACGAGGCAAUUGAAUCAAAGUGCUCGAUGAUCGUCAGCUACCAUCCACCCCUCUUCAGCAACUUCAAGAGGAUCACUCAAAAGGUCACUGCACAACGCAUCGCUGUCAAGGCCAUCGAGAACCGUCUGCCCAUCUACUCACCUCACUCGGCACUCGAUGCAAUCAGUGGCGGUAUCAAUGAUUGGACCGCAGCGGCACUCAUCAAGCUGAUUGAGACAUGGAGUGUAUUCAAUGGCGUGAAGUACUCAUCAAAGGAGAUUGGUGCUGGAAGACUGUUGAACUAUGGCGCUCAAGGUGUUGAUAUCCAGGAUGUGAUCAAGUGUGUGAAGCAAUUGUUUGGUCUACAAUAUGUUAGACUUGGAAGGCCACAAAAUGGAGUAGAUCGUCCAAUCAAGACUAUUGCGAUGUGUGCUGGCAGUGGAGCAUCAGUGAUAUUGAACACACCAGCUGAUCUCUACCUCACUGGCGAGCUGUCACAUCACGAGAUCCUCGAGGCGUGUGCCAAGGGCAACUACGUCAUCGUCUGCGAUCACUCCAACACUGAGCGUGGAUACCUCGCAGUGUACAAGAAGCUCAUCCAAUCACGUCUGGCCAAUGUCCAAGUCAUCAUAUCAAGUCGCGAUGCCGAUCCCCUUGUCAUUGUCUGA